UUAAGAAUCUGAAAUCAACCGAUCCCAGAAGCCAAAUAUUUGUUCAGAUUCAGAACCAGAGAGGGUGGGUUGGAGGUUGGAGAACCUCCUGCCCUAAACGUAAUAGACCGGCCACCACCCUCUUUUUGGUUUUUCGUGCUACAGCUUCUGCUAAUAGCUUCAAUUCAACUGCUGAAAUCCAACUUGCAGUACUGGCUUUUAAAAGAGCAGAGAAGAUAUGGACAUUUUGGACUUGAGGAUAAAUUGGGAACUCAGAAGAUGCUGCAACCAUGAUCAAGUGAUAUUUCUGAUCACUACUGCUAUCUCCAUUGUCAUUAUACUUGUGCUGUGGAGGACAGUAGUGAUGACACCAUUUAAGCUUAUAACUGUGUUUCUCCACGAGGUGAGCCAUGCUUUGGCUUGUUGGUUUACAUGUGGGAAGGUGGAAGGGAUUAAAGUUCAUGCAGAUGAAGGUGGAGUCACACAAACCCGUGGCGGUGUAUACUGGUUAAUUUUGCCAGCAGGAUAUCUUGGUUCAUCCUUUUGGGGGAUGGUAUUGAUUCUUGCAUCUACGAAAGGAAUUACUGCACAAAUAGCUGCCGGGUGUUUUACUGUUGCUCUAGUUGUUGUGCUCUUUUUAGCUAAAAAUUGGACACUUCGAGGCCUUUGUCUAGGUUUCCUCUUUUUCUUUGGUCUAAUUUGGUAUCUCCAAGUAUACACACCUGUUCGUAUGCUACGUGAAGUGAUUCUAUUUACUGGUGUAAUGAACAGCUUGUUUUCAGUUUAUGAUAUCUACGACGAUCUCAUAUCCCGUAGAAUCAAUUCCAGUGAUGCUGAGAAAUUUGCAGAAGAGUGUCCUUGCUGUACUGGUUGUGGUUGGGGUGUCAUUUGGGGUUUCUUUUCUUUUGUGUAUCUUUGUGUAGCUCUGUACCUUGCUCUUGUGAUUUUGGCUAAUAAGCGUUGAGCUACACGUUAUGCUUAUUGUCAAUGUGCAUCCAGCUUCAACAUUUUUGUGUCGUGUCAAACAAGCGUCGCAUUGCAGAUAUCCCGACAUGAAUUCUGUUCAUCACAUACACCAUGUAAACCUCGACAUCAAGGCCGUGGAGGGUGUUGGCUUUCACCAAUACUAUUGCUGGUAGGGGAUACAUUGGUCUCACUUAGGCUUCUGGGAGAAGUAGUUUUAUUGAGGACUGUAUAAAUACCAAUGUCUUAUUCUUCUAUACUUCUAUUCAUGAAAGUAGUGUUGUGUAGUAAAACAAUUUUUUCGUAAUUAUAAGCCAACUGAAAGAAAAUAUAAUUUG